AUGAAAUUUAAAGAGAAAUUUUAUGAUAAACCAGAUGCCACAACAGUUUCUUUGCUUCAAUCUAUAAAAAUGAAUCCCUAUUUCUAGAAGCUGAUAUCGUUUUCAUUAAAUUGCCUUUUAUCACAAAUGUAUUUACCUAAUAACAAACAUCGAGAUAAUUCAAUCUAUAUUUUUAAAGGUAAUGAAAUUUUGAUCUUAAGAGGGAUAUUCUAUUCUUAUAUAGUGUAUAGAUAACCAUAGGUAGAGUGAUCAAAUAAUAUAUAAUGUAUGUGGUUGUUUAAACAGAAUGAUAGGUUUACAUAAAUUUAGAGAUGAAUUCAUAGCUAAGAAUGUUAUAGAUAGCAAUCUUAGUCAUGUUAUCUCUUCAAUAACUAAUAGAUAGUUAUCACUUGAAGCUAUUAAAGUAAUGUUAUUUAUCAUUUUAGUCUACACUAGACCUUUAUCAAAAUCUGACUUUUACAUAGCUCCAAACAGAUUCACUUGCAAAAUCUAAUAUUUUAAUUGGAUUUGUGUAAAUUUUGAUAGUUUCCAAACCUCUGUUAAAUGAGAUGAAAAGAAUAUUUGAUCUGGAAUACAAAAUGUUAAGUAACAUUUUAGAUUUAUUAAAAUAGUAUAGGAAUGCAUUAUUGAAAAUAUUAAUAUACAUGAACUUAUUACUAUUUACAUAUAAUUGAUGCAAGAAUAUAUAGACAAUAUUUUUGUAAUCAAAGAAACUUUAAGAAUUUUAUUACUAUUAGUAAAUAAUAAAAAUGCUUUGAAUAUAAUAAAAUAGAAACAGUCUAUUCCUUUGAAAAUCAUGAGUGAAAUUUUAAUAUAGCAUAAUGAUGUAUUGAUAUUGUUUUUAGAUAUAGAUUGAUGUGAAUGAUAAAGGGGCUUAAAUUUUGUAGAGCAUAAUAAAUAUUGAAUAGAUUUAAUAAAAUAUCUAAUCAAUUAAAUAACUAGAUUAAUAAGCUGAAUUUUCAAUGAGUCUCUUGGCUUGUUUGAUACCAGCAAUCCAUAGUCAAAUCAAUUUAGAUGAAUUCAUUAAUAUUUUAUUUGAUUUGAUUAAAGGAUAUAAAAAAAUUAUUAAAAGAAAACACAUAUUAAGAGAUGCUCUUAAUUGUUUGAGUAGACUCUAUGAUUAAGAUUAAGAUUAUGUAUUUAUUUUAUCCAUAAUGUCUAGGCUAAUAAAUUAAAAUAAUUUUUACCUUUAAUGAUGGAAUUAUAUGAAAAUGAAGAUGCUGAAGUAGUAGCUGCAUCUUUUGAUCUAAGUAGAAAACUUGGAACUAAUCUAACUAUUGAAGAACUUACUAAAAUUAUUGAUAAAGUUAUUGCUUAAUUGGCAUAAUUGAAAGGAGUUAAAGAUGGCUUAAGAUUAUUAUUGACUUAUGCAAGCAAAAAUGAUAAAACCUUUAAGGCCAUUGCUAAAGGAAAAGAAGCAUUCUUUAAAAUCAUUGAAAAUGUUAAUAAUCAAGCAUCUUAAGAAUAUAAUUCUAAAUUAUUGUUGUUAAUUCAUCAAGACAUUAAAGAUUAUCUAAUCAAAAAGCUUUCUGUCAUUGUACAAUUUAUUUAAAGACAUUAUCUAUGGAAAAGAUCCUUAUUAUAUUACAUUCAAAUUUUAAAUAAAUAUCCUGAGCAAGUAGCAUCACUUAAAUCCAAUUUGAUCAUUUCAGUAUUGUCAUGUAAAAAAAAUAAAGGUACACAUCCUUAAUUUACUUCAAGAUUAUAUUACAAUUGUUAACACCUUAAAAUAAGUUAAAACUGAUUCUGAAGCUGAGGAAGAUGAUCCUGAAGAAGUAACAGUAGAAUUUUAAUAAAAUGAAGAAUUAGAAUAAUAGUUUAUCAUCUUAGUGAGAAACUUGACUAAAUAAGAUGAUAUUAAAACAUUAUAGAAAGAACUUAUUGGAAAUAAAUAUAAUGAUGAGUUAUCGAAAGUAAUGUUUGAAAUACAAUUAUUAAAACUCUCUUAUUAUGUUUAAAUUGAAGGUGUGUUUUACUUACAAAAUGACUAUUUCACAGAAUUAAUGAAUUGUUUAUUGAAAUUCUUGAAAUCUUAUAAAACCGAACAUUUUGAAAUUGUUUAAUGCAUAUUUUUAUUGUUGUAAACUAUGUCAACUUUUUAUUGGAAUGACAAGACUGGUAAUUUAUAUACUCAAAAGAAAACCUCUUAAUUAUGUUUUGAUUUCUUAUUUUAAUCACUUGAGAAUGAAGAACUUUUAGAAUCUAGUUUAGAUACUAUUCUAUUUAUGGGUGCAGGUUGUAAGAAUUCAAAUAAAAAAUAACAUCAUUUAUUAGAUAUUUAAGAUAAUUAAUAUGUUAUUCAAUUCAUAAGUUUACUGUAAAUCCUCAUGAAGAAAUAUGUAUAAAAAGAGAAAAUCUAAUUGAAGAUCUUAGAUAUUAUUAAAAUUUAUUUACUUUUUGAACUUUUUAAAUAGAAUGUAAGAGAUCUUCCGAAAAUUCUAUGUAGAAAACUACCAGAGGAUACUACAACUAAAGAAAUGGGAUUAGAAACUAUUUAAAUAUUAUCAGACAUUAAUUAUACAGAUAAUGCACUUAAAUAUGUUACUUUAUUUCAAUUGUAGCAUUAAUAUGAUAUUGAAGUUAUUAAUUAAGUAAUUCCUUAUGUUGAUACUGUUUAAAAAUAUGAGGGAGAUUCAUUUUUAACUGAGGAUAUUAAAAAAUAAAUAAAAUAGAUGAUUUAAUAUUUUGAAGAAAUGGAAGAUCAAGAAUUAGGUGCUGAAUAUAUGGAUAAACUAAGUGUUUAUUCUACAAUUCCAUAAGCUUUAGAAUAUGAAUUUGAUUGUAAUAUCCUAGAUGCACUUAUAAGUGUCCUUAAAUAUUGUGAAUUAGAAAAGGGUAAAAUAUUUAUUAAUUUAUAGACAAUGAUCGUUUAUUGUGUUCAUCUAUUAACAUUUUAACAUAAAUGUUGAUAAAUAAUUACAUAGAACCUAUAGAAAUAGAUAAGUGUUUUUAAUUUCUAUAAUAAAAACGACAUAGUGAAAAUCCUGUAAAUUUGCUGACUUAUUAUCUAUCUAAAGCGGAGGCAGUAAUUUAAGCAGAUUAUCUCCAAUUUAUUUUGUAAAACUAUGAGUUAAUAUUAGAGAUUUGAUGGAAGAAUAUUAGAAUAAUAAAUUUGUAAUUACUAAUUUAUAUGAUAUAUUGUACAGAUCAUGUUUGAAAUCUAAGGAUAUCAGUAAAAUUUUAGGAGAUAAAAGAUUUAUUUAAAAAUUAAUUUUAUAAACAUAAGAAUUAGUAAUUGAAUAAAGUAAUGAAGAAUAAGCUAAAAAGAACUUGGCUUGGCUUGAGAAUUUAUCAUCAUCUGAACCAGUGGCUGUCAGAAUAUAGAGGGAAAAAGGAAGAGAAUUAUGCUAUCUAAUUAUUAAAUAAAAUAAUGGCCAUACUUUGUAUGCUUUUAAAAUAUUAGCUAAUUUAGCUAUAUUUUGUUAAUCAAUUUCUUUAAGUUAUUUUUUAGAUUAUUUGAAAUAAAAAUAAUUUCCAUUAGAAAUAUUAACUUCUCUUGAUAUUUUAUUUGAAAAUGAUUAGAUAAAAUAAGAAUUUUAAUAACAAAAUGGAUAAUAACUCUUGCUUUAAUGGUAAAAUGAUUAUCCAGAUCAAUGUGAAAAGCUUUUUAAACAUUUCAAACCUAAACAACCCUUAAUACCAAGAUAAUCAUUAUUAAAGUAAAGACAAUCACUUUUACAAUAAAAACAGUUGCUUAUGUAAUUAAAAUAAGAAAAAGAAUAAGAAAAAUAAUAAAAAUUAGAGUAAAGUCAAGAUAAAAUGAAUGAUAGUUCAUAGAUGAAUAAUGAAUAAACAUAACCUGAAUAAAAUAAAUAAUUAGUUAAAGAUUGUUUAGAAAUAGCAGUCAAGAAUCCAUAAUAAAUAUUAGAUGAAGGAAUGUUAGAAAGAUUAUUUCAAAUAGAAGAUUCUUGGGAAGUAUUUAGGAGAUUAACUAAACAUCAAGAUAUAGCUGAAUAAGUAUUAUAACCAAAUUCAAAACUUUAUUAAAAUACUCUUAAUGAAUUAAAGAAUUAGGAUUCAAAAUAUGCUGAAUAAGUUUUAGAAACAGCUGGUUAGAUUUCAUAAGUUCCUGAAACUUUAAGCAAUUUUGCAUAGAGCGAUGGACCUGUUUCAAUGGUGAAUUUAAUAUAACAUUAAUCAGAUAAUCCAAAAGUUGUUGAGACUGGUUUAGAAGCAUUACAAAAGUUAUGUUAAGAUGAAAUGAUCUUAAGUACAAUAGGGGAUUAAAAUGGAAUAGAUUUGUAAAAAGAUCUUCUUACUAAAUAUUAAGAUAAUAUUGAUAUAAUUAAAAAAUGUGAUGAAAUGAUAUCACAAUUAUCUGUUUCUGAAACUUACUAAGAUAAAAUUGCAGAAUUAGGAAUAAUUUAACAAUUGUUAGAAUAAAUUAAAUAACAUCCUAAUACAAUUGAAGUUGUCUAACCAGCAAUAGAAGCAUUGUCUAAAAUUGUAUAUCGAAAUGCAGAGAAUGGAACUAUUGUAAUGGAAAGUAAAAUUAUAGAUUAAAUUUUAUAAUCUUAAAUUUUAGAUGAAUUGGAAGAAUCUUUAUUAACCUUAAUUAAUAAUAUGUGUUAUAAGAAUGAAGAGAUUAAAAAAUAAAUGAAAUUAGAAUAUCUAAUUAAAAUUUUAAAGAAGAACAUUUAAAAUUUUAAGUAAAAAUCUUUCGAAUAAUGUGUUAAUACAUUAUUUCAUCUUGCUUCCUAUACAUCAAAUAUUUAAUAGAUGAUUGAAUAGAAAUUAUUAGAAAUUAUCAAUGAAUUUAUUAAAAAACAUUAAAAGGAAGUUGAUUCAAUUUUAUUAUUGCUUAAUUUAGAAUUAAAAAUAGCUGCUUAAAUAAAUGUUCCUAUUGAUAUACAUACUGUAGAAUCAACAUUGAUGUAAUUAUUAUGUCAAUUUUAGAUGUUUACAAUUUGAAAAACUUGAAUAAUAAGCUCUCCGCCUUAUUAGAUAGAUAUUAGGUAACUGCUAUUAAUUUAUUGAUUAAUUAAAUGGGUUCGUUUAAAUAGCUAAUAUUUUAAAGAAAGCUGAAUUAAGUUCUUGUGUUCUUACCCUUGAUGUUAUGUUAAAGAUGGCAGCAAUAAAUAAAGAAUCUAUUUCUAAGUUUGAACAAUUAAAUGUUGGACUUGACUUUUCAGAAAUUUUGAGAGUCAAUAAAAAUGAAAAAAAAUUAUAUGAUUAAAUUUUAGACUAUAGUUUAAAAUUGUUUAACAAAACGAAUGAGUUAGCUAAUUAAUUAAUGAUAUUUAUUUAAUAAAAUGAAGUUACUGAAUUAUAAAUUGAUAAAACUUUAUUGAUUGUAGAAUAAGUUGAUGAUAAUGAAAACUUCAUACCUACAUUAAUUGAAUUAAUCUAAAAAAACAAUCACAAACAUACUAAAACUAUUAGUGUAAGAUUAUUUAUCAAUUAAAAUAGAUUAUUUUAUCCAGAGAAUCUAAAGUUUUUGCAAAUCAAAUAUUUGUAAAUAAAGGAAUUGAUGCAUGUGUAGCAGAAGUCUUAGCUACAAAAGAAAAAGAAGUUCUUUUAAACGUAAAUCUAAUUCUUUUCAUUAGUUAGCUACUAUUAUACUUGAUGUUGCUAAAUCAUUAGAAGAAUAUAGAUAAAGUAUUGCUGAAUAGUUCUUAAAUUAAUUAGAAAAAUUAAAUGAACCAGUUUUGAAUGAAUUAAUUAAAUAUUUGUAAGGACCUAAGAGGCAACUAUCUAAAUUAACUGAUGAAAUCAAGAAUUUCUUACAAAAAGGAGAAAUUCUGAAAAUGUAUAAAGAAGAUGGAAGUCGAGGUUAUUAUAGAUUCUUUUGUGAUGAAACAUUAUAAUAAAUUAGAUGUAGAUAAGAAAGCACAAAAUUAGUUAAGCAAAAAUGGAUCUUAAAAUUAAAUUAAAUUCAAGAAAUUAAAAGCAAUUUUGAUAAAAAAUCAUUAUCAUCAAGUGCAUUUGAAAAUUAAAAUUGGCUUGUGAAAUAAAUUCAUAAAAUGAAACAUAAAGGUAAAAGUAAUUAAAUUAAGAAUAGUUAUUGAACCUGAUCGUUGUUUUACAUUAUUUGCUUAAAAGAAUAUUAAACCUAAAACUUUGAAUGCUCUUUGUAAAUCUGAGAGCUAAAAAAACAAAUGGGUUGAAUAUAUUAAAAUUUUGAUAGAUGAAUAACCUUAGCUAAUGUAAUAAUGAUU